CCAUCCAAAAGUCCAGAUGAACAGCGGAGGGCAGGCGGGAGCUGGGCCUGGACACUGGACGGUGGGCAGAGGGGCGCUGGGCAGCCCCUAGGCCUGGGGGCAAGUGAAAUGGGACUGGGCUGCCUCCUGACCUACUGUACAGCCUGGGAGAGACUGGUUCCCUCUCUGGGACCCAUCCAGCCCCAGGGACAAUCAGGGAUUCAGACCCCGAGCCUCAGGGGGAACAAUGGAGCCCUUGAAGGCCCUCCCCCCACAUUGUGCUUGGUGGUGAGAGGUGGCCCUGGGUCGGGUCGGGCCCUGGACUUAGCCGGGUGCACACCCUCAGGAGGGCUGGUGUCCAGCCGGCCAGCAGGUGGAAGGGCUCAGAAGGACUUGUUUCCUGGCCUGGAAAAGGUAGGGUACCACCAGGGGACCAGGUUUGGGGUGCCCUUUGGGGCUGAGCAGCACCCUGUUUACUCUGGGCCCAGGGUCUCAGGGGCCUGGACUCAACUCUCUUGGAACAGCCAACCCCAGGAGAUAACGGGUGCUGAGCCUGGUCGGGUGGCCCUCCAUUCUGGGGGUCUGUCCAUCUCAGGCCCACUGCCCUCACAGGGCCAUCAGUCUGGGUGGUGAUUCAGCUGCAGUAAGACUCAAGGGUAGGAAGAGGUAGAGGCAGAAGUCUGCCCCUCCCCCUCCCCCAGAAGCUGCUCAGGCCAGCUGAUGAGCAAGGGGGGAAGGGGGUGGGCCUCCGAGCAGCUGGGACCCCUCAGGCCAUGUGGGACUGGCCAGCCCCUGCCAGCUAGGCAGCUGCAGUGUAUCCAGAGGCUGAUGCCUUGGGCUAUUCAGCCCUGGGGGGAGGUUGGGGAGCCCCAACUCUUCCACAUGGGCAGACAAGCUGUAGUUGGUACACCUGCCUGCUGUCCACACUGCUCCUGGUUUAGCCUUUAUGUGGCCACGGGCACCUCCUAAACCCUUGUGGCCACCUGCUAGGUCUUGCGUCCUCAGAUCUGGGUCCUGGAGGUUAGCAGAGCAGAACAGACUCCUGUUCUCCAGGAGCAGCACCCACUGCGCCACAGAUGUCCCAUCCCCCGCCCCUAUGACCAACAUGAGCUGGAGCUUCCUGACGCGGCUGCUGGAGGAGAUCCACAACCACUCCACGUUCGUGGGCAAGAUUGUGGUCAUCUCCACGCCCUCCGUAAUGUACCUGGGCUAUGCUGUGCACCGCCUGGCCCGCGCCUCACAGGACGAGCGCCGUCGCGCUUCACGCCGCCGCCAAGGCCGCCUCGCGCCCCGUGCACCCCUGCCCCCACCGCCCCACCCGGGCUGGCCCGAGCCAACAGACCUGGGCGAAGAGGAGCCCAUGCUGGGCCUGGGUGAAGAGGACGAGGAUCCGGGCGCGGCCGAGGGCCUGGGCGAAGAUGAUGAGGCUGAGGACGUGGGUGCCGCCAAGGGUGCAGGAGGGGACCCAAAGGCGACCGGGGUCCCAGGCCCGGCAGGUCAGCAUGACGGGCGGCGGCGCAUCCAGCGCGAGGGGCUAAUGCGCGUGUACGUUGCCCAGCUGGUGGCGCGGGCCGCCUUCGAGGUGGCCUUCCUGGUGGGCCAGUACCUGCUGUAUGGUUUCGAGGUGCGGCCCUUCUUCGCGUGCAGCCGCCAGCCCUGCCCGCACGUGGUCGACUGCUUCGUGUCGAGACCCACUGAGAAGACGGUCUUCCUGCUGGUCAUGUACGUGGUCAGCUGCCUCUGCCUGGUGCUCAACCUCUGUGAGAUGGCGCACCUGGGCCUGGGCAGCGCGCAAGACGCUGUGCGCAGCCACCGCCCCCUGCCCCCCACCCCUGGCCCCAUGCCUCGCCAGCAGCCCUGUGGUCUCCCCGCCGCGCCUUCGGGCCUGGCCUGCCCGCCAGACUACAGCCUGGUGGUGCGCGCGGCUGAGCGCGCACGCACCCACGAUCAGGACCUGGCCAACCUGGCGCUGCAGGCGCUGCAGGACCGGCGGUCACUUGGGGACCUCGACAGCCCACCAGGCCCUGGCCUUCCAGCAACCGCCCGGGGGCCCCCGAGGGCCGGCGCCCCUGCCUCCGGGUCGGGCAGUGCCACGUCGGGGGGCACUGCCGGGGGCCAGGGCCGGCCAGGGGCCAAACCCAGGAUGGGCUCUGAGAAGGGCAGUGCGAGCAGCAGCAGGGAGGGUAAGACCACCGUGUGGAUCUGAGGCCUGCAUUGGCUGCUGUUCCUCCUCCCUCCGCACCAGGGCCGAGGUGGAGGGCUCUGGAGGAAGUCUAGGGUCUGGACACCGCCUAAGGGGCAGAGCACAACCUACCCUCCUCCUCCCCCUCAGGUGGCUGCUCUCCCCCUCGAGAGGGGGCGGAGGGCACCAGCCUGCUCUGCAUCACUGCCCCUCCCUGCCUGAGCCCCAUCUUCACCCAGGAUAGGGUGGGGAAGGUAGGCCUGGGAAUCACGAAUGGUCCCCAGCUCUGGUCCAUAAGCCCUGAUGGGUAGGUGGGACUGUGGCUGGGGCAUUUCCACCCUCCCAGAGCCACCCAGCUGGCCACCUCAGGACAAGGCUGCCCUCCAGGAGAGAGCUCCACCCGCUCCUGCCCCGCUUUUCCCGGCAGUAGCCCAUGUGCGACUGCCCAGGGAUGCUUGGCCUGGGUCUUGGGGAGUACUGUGCUUGUCCACAGUACUCCCUGCCCAGCAAAUGGGGCUCUUUUCCUAGCACCCACACUCUUCUAGCCCAGGUUCUGGUUCUUGCAGAGAUGGAAGCAACGCCAGGUCUUCCUUGUACAGAAGGGAAAACAGAGACCACAGUGGGCAGAGGUCCCUGCGCCCAGCCCUGGUCUGUACCACCUCCUGCCUCACCCCCACUAGGCCCCAAGCAUGAGCUGCCUCGAGUGCCAGGUGGACCUGCACCCUGCUUCCUGUUCCCUGCCCAGGCAGAUCUGGGGCUCAGGCCCUGCAUGGGCCCCAGGGUGGAUGGGGCCAUGCCCUCUCCAGCUCCUGUGCUGGCCUGGCGUGGCCCCUUCCUCUGGGACAUACUUCAAGUUCUGAAAAGACAUCGGUCCCCCUUACCACUCAGACCAACAGGAUGGUGGUGAGGGGCUAUGGCUUUGCCCAUGCUAGGGGAAGGCGCUCUGAGGCUCCCACCACAGCCUCUUCCCUCCAGCCCCCUGUCCAAUUCAGACACAGCCUCCAAAGGGAGUGAAAUAAAACUAACUUUUGUUUACAACCACAUGUGUAUGUGUAUGAAUGUCCGCAUAAAUGUGUGUGUGUGUGCUUGUGUAUGUAUGUGGGAGUGUGGUGUGUGCACAUAUGUGUGAGUACACAUAUAUGCGUGUGUGUACGUGUCCACCGCUGGCCUCUGGGGACACAUGGCUCAGCUCUAGGAUGGCUGGGAGAGGAAACCACUUUGCAGGGACCAUCUGGGGAGCAAGGCCCAGGUUGAGCCCCUGCAGCUCCUUGGAGACACUCUGGUGCCUCUCUGUGCCAGGCAAUAGGCUCUGCCCAGAGGGGAGGGAUAUGGCUGAAUGAGAACAAAGAACAGCCGGGCCUGCACGUUUAGAGCCCAAGGUGGUAGCUCAAAGGACAGAGAGGCAGUCCUGUCUCAGGCCCCGGCAUUAUCCAGAUGCUGGCCAAAGCCUGCAGUGGUAGCUUUUGGUAGGGAGCAAAGGCGAGCACAGUUGGGGAAACAGCUGCUGCCGUCAAGGAGCCACCUUGGUCUAGACUUCAGUGAUCCUGCUGUCUACCAGCCUCCCUCAGGCCCAAGGCAGGCCCUGAGAACUUCUCCCAGAUUGCAAAUCCUCUCUGGGGUCCCAGGGCCAAGCCCCAAGCCUGGGUGGACCCCAACCCAGCCUGCCUCUGGUCAGAU